AUCUAAACAUCUCGUUAUCAUUACAGGUCAGUUAAUAUGAGGCAAUAAGAAGCAGUGAGUAGGCAUCAGUACAGAAUUGCUGCCUGGAAUUGCUCCCGUGUAUUUAUCAGCAACUACAUCAUGGAUAUUUCUGCUCCUGGUUGUUACUUUGCCGUCAUAUGAAGAUAAGUAGAGCUUUGAGACCAGUCCCAUUCCCUAGACCAUGCCCACAUCUGUUCCUGAGGGUAUAAGGCUCAGGGGGCAGAGCAGAACCCAGCAGUACGGUGGAGGUGCAUGAAGGACACACCAUGAAGGUUCUUCUGAUCUCAGUCUGUCUGUCCAUCCUGGGCUUUGGCGCUGCAGAACCAUCACAAGCCCAUUUUAUGAUCACAGUUCCAGCUCAGCUCAUUCACCCCUCCAAGGAAGAAGCCUGCAUUACCUUACUCCAGCUCAAGGGGGCAGUGUCUCUCAGGAUGGAGCUGCACAGGAAUGACCAUCACCAAGUGGUGGCUGAUGACAAAAUAACAACUGAGAGUUUUACCCACUGUUACCCCUUUCAGGUCCCUGCUGCAGAAGAAGACAAAGAGGUAUGGCUCUUCCAUGUAUCAGCAGAAGGAGACAAUAUUAUCAUCAAUCAGACAAAGAAGGUUCUCAUAAUGGGGCAAAUAUAUGUCACCCUCAUCCAGACGGACAAACCGAUGUACAAGCCCGGCCAGAUAGUGAAUUUCCGAGUGGUGACUCUGGAUAAGGUUUUUCACGCUCAAGAUGAUAAGGUGAUUUUUCUUUUGCCUUUAUAUUUCAGCACAAGGAAAAUUUAA